UCAGACUGGGGAGAGACGCGGCGGAGCAGAGACUGCAGACUCAAGUGAUUGAUCAGGAUCGAUCCCACUUUGAGAAAUUAAUACAUUCAUCUCCAGUGUGUGGUCUGAUCCUCUGGGUGACCAUCAGCCACCAAAGGCGCACCAACAGGACGCAAUUAAAAGCUGAUUGAGUCCAAACAGGCUGCGGGUUGUUUCUGGACUAUCACGGAAUAAAAAGAGGGGAGCUUUGGAUGCGGGAGGAUCUCGGCUGUGCGGUGGAUGAGAUGCCCAUGGUGCCGCGCCACAAGACGAAUACUCGUGUGUGAUUGUGACAAGGCUGUUUGAUUUCAUCCGGACAAAAACGAAGCACCACUCCCGUUUUUUUCUCUUCUUCUCCUCGCCAAUCCAAAUGUCUCCACAUCACAGACACGCCACUGGAUUGUAGCAGCAGCCCCACCGAUGGUUUGAGAGGGCGUUAAGGUGCGGGAAGGGAGUGGGACAAUUACAGGAUGAGUGAGCGAUACACGCCGAUCGGAUGUAAAGGGGCUCUACUUGUAAUGGUGCUUGUGAUCAGUGUCUGGGAGAUGACCGUACCAACAGAAGGAGCUACAGCAGUGCACCAUGUCCGAACAGGCACCUGCGAGGUGGUGGCGUUGCAUCGCUGCUGCAACAAGAACAAAAUCGAGGAGCGGUCACAAACUGUGAAGUGCUCCUGCUUUCCCGGGCAAGUGGCCGGCACCACCAGAGCUGCCCCGUCCUGUGUAGAUGCCUCUAUAGUGGAGCAGAAGUGGUGGUGUCAGAUGCAUCCGUGCCUUGACGGGGAGGAAUGCAAAGUUCUUCCUGAUCUGAAGGGCUGGAGCUGUGCUACAGGGAACAAGAUCAAAACUACUAAGAUUUCUGCCGACAGAGACCAGCUCUGGUAACGUCAGAUGCUUCGCAGCGCAGUCCAGGUGAACCAACAGGUCCGGUCUUUGUCGGAUCAUCAAAAGAGAAGUAAUGCAAAGGACCUUUCUGUAAAUAGAGACUUCCUUUCUUCUGGACUGCAAUUAAUCUUUGAAAGAACUCUGAAUGCUUCUUCUUGAACUCUAUGGACAUCAAGCCCUGAUCAUUCAGCUCUUCUUUUCGGAGGACUCCAUAUGAUUAGCCUUACGGGACCGCAGGAUUUAUUCUCUGACAUUGUACUGCUUAUAGUGGGAUACAACGGUGAACUUUGCCUAUGUGUUGAUUUCUAGAGUAAUAUGUCCUCUACGGGGGAUUUGUAUCACAGGUUGACCGGAGAGAAUGGCAGGUCAGUGUGUUGUAAGCAUCGCAAAUAUUCAAUACAAAAUGUGAUUUUGUUUUCUCAGUCGAUUGUGGCUUUCUUCUCUAACAACGUGUAGUUUCAAAGGUUCAGAUAAAGAUUAAAAUACGUGGCUGAGCAGCAGUUAUUCAGGGUGAUUUUCAAAGAAAUACACAACCACAUUCAUCAGUGUGUCAUUCAUACUAUGCGCCACAGCACAGAAAGGGAAAACAGACCUUAUUUAGCUAAUACUCAGCAUAAACCCACUACACAUUAUGAGGAACGCUGACCUAAACCAGUGCUGUGGAAAGGUAUAAACUGAUCAAACCUACCAG